UGUCAAAAGCUGCACAUGUGCCAUCGCUUUUUGCUAUCCAUGCACAGACGCGUUGUGCCAAACCAAGAAGCUGUGCUUGAAGAAAGUUCGCUGUGAUUGGACGUCUCAUUGCUGCCUUUCGUGCUCCCAUAUAUUCCAUUUUCGGAAGUUUUAACCACCUAUACCAACAACAAACGCAAUAUGGGUAUUCCAGCUGGAGACGUUGAGAAGGGAAAGAAGCUUUUUGUUCAGCGAUGCUCUCAGUGUCAUACUGUUGAAGGUGGCGGCAAACACAAAGUCGGCCCAAACCUGCAUGGCAUUUUCGGUCGCAAAACUGGUCAGGCUGCUGGAUUCGCCUACACCGACGCUAACAAGGCUAAGGGAAUUACCUGGAACGAAGAUACCCUUUUCGAGUAUUUGGAAAACCCAAAGAAAUACAUCCCUGGCACAAAGAUGGUCUUCGCUGGUUUGAAGAAACCGAACGAACGCGCUGACCUCAUCGCCUAUCUGAAGUCGGCAUGCUCAUAAAAAGCCAUCUCACCUUUUAGCAACAAUAUACAGCAAUGCUCUUAAUAAGAUACCAAGCAUGGAAACCUCAUUCAACGAAGGUAGCAGAGAAGAAAAGAGUUGACGCCCUCGCCCAGACAAAGAACGCAAACCAAUUAGGACAAUUAUUGAAAUAAUCUAAUUUUAACAUUAUUUAUACAUUAGAUUAACGAAAUAGAACAUCUUUCUUGUUUCGCAAGUUGAGAAUCGAGAAGCUAAAAAUAGUGAAACGAGAUUUUGCCUCUGCUCAUGAGAGGAACCGGUAUGAGAAGUAUUAUCGAAACCAAUAACUAAUGGAUAUCAAAUACAAAGAGACAGCUGUAUAAAGGAAGGAUCAUUCAUUAUCGUACUUUAGUUUCAUUCUAUCAAAAAUCUUAUUUUUUGUUUCAAUUCAUUGCAAAUAACCGUUUGGACAACAAGAAGAAGGAAUUUCGUACUGCCGACGAUAAAACAAGAAAUUGAGUAUAUGCCAACAGAAAAUAGGACAUCUGUCUUGCACCAAGGAUACGAUGAACAGAAAUACAUUUCGGUGAAAAGAA